GGAGAAACGGCAGUGGUGUUUCGGCCAACGCUGACUCUCUGCUGCAGCCUCCGUUCUCAGGCAGCCCCGAGCUGUGAAGCAAGAAGACGAACCGUGAGGUGAAAACCAUUUCCUUUGAGAAGACGCGACGUUGGGGGUUUUUUUUUCUUUCUUCCUUUGACACCAGGACAUUAGUCAUGUGAGAGAAAACUCCCCACUUCACCCGAAGCCCUGGAGAUGUGUGAGAGAAUCAGCCAGGGAGCCACUCACGCAGCUCUCUGAGUGCGACCAGUAUGAGCGCGGAUGCAAAGGCAACAUGAGGGGACGCGUUUUCAUGGGCUGAAAAGAAGAAGAAGACAAAUAAACACACAGGAAAUAGGAAGUGUGAUCUGCGAUAUCUCCAGCUUUCGUCUGUGUGAGAGAGUGUAUUGAUGUAUGCAUGUGUUCCUGUGUGUUCAUUCCUCUGUGUGUGUGUGUGUGUGUGUGCGCUCCGGUGGGGUGUAUGUGUGAAAUGAGCCACUGACCUGCGCUGCAAGUUAAGGACAAUGUCUCUGAAACUACCUCGCAACUGGGACUUCAGCACCUUCAAGGCGGAGACAGGUCGAAUAGCACGAUCCCGGAGUGUGAUACCUGGAGAGGGAGGCCCCGGCCCGGGCUCGCCGCGCUCCUCCAGGUCCAUGGAGAGGCCGCUGAAGGCCGGCUGGCUCAAGAAACAACAGAGGUCGUUGGUGAAGAACUGGCAGCAUCGCUACUUUGUGCUGAGAGGAAGCACACUGACCUACCACAAAGAUGACAAGGAGACCACUGUCCAGGGAAUCAUCCAGCUACGAUUUAGUAAAGUUAACGAAGUCCCUCCAAACUCCGACGACCCUGGGAAGUACCUGUUCGAGAUCCUACCACGUACAACUGGAGACAGGGAGCGGUGUCCAUAUGUGCUCAUGGCAAACUCCCAGAGUGACAUGGAGGAGUGGGUCCGCACUCUACGCAGGGUCAUCGGAGUACCGACAAGUGGAGUGUUCGGAAGGAGUCUCAUGGACACCGUGACCUAUGAGCAACGCUCCGGGCCUCACAUGGUGCCAAUCUUGGUGCAGAAGUGUGUGGAGUUCAUUAAAGAACACGGGCUGAACGAGGAGGGCAUCUUCCGCCUGCCGGGCCAGGACAACGCUGUCAAACAGUUCAGAGACGCCUUCGAUGCAGGGGAGAGGCCCUCCUUCCCCAGAGACACAGAUGUCCACACAGUGGCGUCACUGCUCAAGCUGUACCUGCGGGAGCUGCCAGAGCCUGUGGUGCCCUGGACUCAGUACCAAGACUUCCUCGACUGCACCAACCUGCUAGAUUGCAGCAGCACGGAGGGUUGGGGAACGAUGGAGAAACAAAUUGCCCUUCUCCCCAGAAUUAACUACAACCUUCUCAGUUAUGUGUGCCGCUUUUUGUUUGAGGUGCAGCAGCACUCCAAGGUGAACAAGAUGAAUGUGGAGAACUUGGCCACGGUGAUGGGGAUCAACCUGCUCAAACCUCAGAUAGAAGACCCCAUUACUGUGAUGAAGGCGACUCCUCAGAUCCAGAAACUGAUGACAGUGAUGAUCAGACAGCAUGAGACGCUGUUUCCCCUCUCCAAAGACGUGCUUCCCAACGCCCCCUCAAACAAGGCAGAGAGCCAGAAGAACACUCCCCGAAGCUUUGUGGGUUGGGAAUCGACCGAGAUGGGUGAUGCAUCUCUGUCUGAGUCGCCAGAAGAGGAAGAGGACACUGACAGUCCAGGCGUAGAAAAGGGGAACUACAGCCCCCAAACCCUCUGUUCGGAGCCUCGCUCACCCUCUGCAGACAGCUGGCACGGAAGUCCCCGCAAACGCACCCAGACCCUGCCCACCUUCAACUGCCCCCUCACCGGGAUGGCAGCUAAGGCCGACGCCCUCGGCCGGUGGAGUCGCAUCCAGGAGGAUGAGAAGAGUGGGACAUUUUCGGAGGACAUUUUUAAGAUCCUGGACCUCAGGAGUUCAGGUUCAUUGUUCGGGGGGUCUCAGAUGAGUGACAAGAAGGGAGAGGAUGCGCUGACGUCCCACAGAGGAAGUGACGACACAGGUUCUUCCACGGCUGACUCCCAAAAACCGAACAGCGAGUCCCAGCCUGCCCAGGUGCUGUCCCAUCAGAAGAGUAUAGAGACCCUGACAGCGGAUGGUUCGGGUCAAAAGGUCACCAGCAAGUCUGAGCUGAAGAAGGACAACCAGCAGUUUGUAGACAGUGUGCAUCGGGAGAACAAGGAGCUGAAGGCCACAGUGGCUGAGCUCCAGUCGGCUCUGGAGGCAGAGCGCCACCGCGUGGCCGCCCUGGAGAUCUGCCUGAGAAAUGCUGAGCGCAGUCGAGAAGAGGCCCGGGGACACAACGAGGAGCUGCAAAGAAACAUUCAGCAGUUCCUCAGCAGCAAACCACAAGCUCCCACCUAACAGUCAUUUUAAGACUCAUUAGUAUACGGAUUUAUUACCCAGUUAAACUCAACAGAGCACAAUUCCCAGGAGGUGAUUUUUGAACUUUUUCCUCCAGUGGGAUGGCACUGAGUGUUUCCAUUUGAGCUCUGUUUGGUCUUAAAGAUAAAUUAUUGGCUGACUUGUUUGUGUUUUUGAGGAAAGUCUGUAAAGGAGAGUUCUGAGUAGGUUUUAAUACCACUAAUCACAAUAAAGACUUCAAAUGCAA